AUGGCGUCACCUUCUUCUGUUAGCACAAGACACGAGGAAAAUGAGUCAGAAUGGCCGCGUACAAACAAGCGACGCAAGCGCACUUCUGUUGCUGCGACAUCCGGUCCCUCGCCUCGUGAGCUUGGAUUCAUGAGAGAGUCACAAAAUGAGGGGUCUGCUACAUUCCUUGGCAGCUCAAGUGGUAUUCAUUUCAUCCGCCAUGUCUACAAUGCUUUCGCUCGCCGCUCAGCGGAUUUGGAUCAAACGCGAGCGCGCGAUAGGACCUCGGUGCCCGGCGAAGACGACCGGUUGAGGCCAAAUUCAGGAAGUGUCCACACUUCUGAUGAAAUUUGGAGGAAAGAUGAAUUGAACUUCGCUAUCAACCCAUCUUUUUCUUUUGAAGACCUUGUGAAUUGGACGCGCAGCUAUUUCGAAAACUGGCAUCCGAUCUUCCCAUGCCUCCACGCACCGACUGUCUUGAAGACAAUGGAAACGGUCAGUCAAAAAGGGAUUGAAUCGGUCACUCGACUCGAGCUCAUGAUAUUGCGAUCAAUUGUAUCCAUCUCACUGGGUGAUAAUCGCCAAACAAGAUCCUCUGAUUUGACACCGAACCCUAUUCCCGCAGGGUUGGUUUUCCGAAGCAUUCAACAUGUGAUGCAGGACGUGCAAAGUCUCCUUGAGGAACCCACAACCUUGGCACUAUUGCAAGCAGCCUUUACCGCGCAGGUUGCACUCACAUCUCUUCUGCGUUUAAAUGCCGCCUCGCGCGUGGGCGGGGUUAUCACCCGCACCGCGUUCCACCUUGGACUACAUCGCUGCCCAGGGCGCUUUUCAUGCUUCAGCAGCGAAGAAGUUGGCAUCAGAUGUCGCUUAUUCUGGUCGAUCUACUCUCUUGAGAGGUACCUCUCACAGGCGCUCGGUAUUCCACUUUCAAUUCGGGACGACGACAUUGACGUGUGUUACCCAGGCACGGAGCGACACAUAUCUGCCGCCCCUCCAACCUCCGACGAUCGGAGAUUACGACUAGUCUGUCACCUCGCGAAGUUCGCACGGAUCAGGGGUCUGAUCGUGGAGCUUCGUAAUAAAUCCAUACUUCACAGCCAUGCUAGUCAAGUUGAAGCAGCACACGUCACGGGGGAAUUGUCACAAUGGUGGAACGAGAUCUAUGAUGAUGUGAAUCCGAUCGAAGAGUCGACUGAAGAUGGCGACCAGACUCCAGCCUUGCAGCCUUAUCAUCGACUACUUUUGAUGAUCCUCAGACAUGAGGCUAUCAUCUCGCUCAACCGACCCCUGCUGGCAGCUGAAAAGCCAAGUGCAGACUACAAAAAUGCCCUGCAAACUUGUAUAGGUUCUUCAAGAUCUAUCCUCACAGCAUUGAAAAAGCAUAUGUCUACUUCGGAAUCUCCACUUUCCUGGCCAUGCUUCACAUGGUCAACAUGGAUGGCUUGUCUCAUACUCAUGUACGCCGCAUGGGAGGAUGAAUUCGCCACGUCGAGUGCCCUCAAAUAUGCACGCAUGGGUAUUGCGGUAUUAGAAAAUUUGUCACUUCGAGGGAGCAGUUGGCCAGAGACCUGCAUCGAAGCAAUCAAAGGCAUGGAAUCUGCUUUUUCGACGCAACCAUCCAAUGCCCAUCAAUUCAAGAUUCCUACGACAAUCAAUGGCACCGAGAAGCCACAGUAUCAUCCACAAACGACUCCAUCAAUAGACCGAAGAAGAACACAAUUCUUACCAGUUCAAGAGGGACCCGAGGCUGGGGAUCCAGGUCUCACACCAGUCAGGCCCCGAUCGUCUACGAUGACUGGAUAUCAAGAGAGUCCAGUCCCUGUGGGAAUCCAGCCUUUCCAAUCGGCCGUCCGAUCGACCCCUCAUGGGUCUAACCCAGCAGAGGCAUACGACUCUGCCAUCUUCUCGCCUUCUGACAACAUGCCCAAUUAUGCAGAAAUGCUCGAUCCUGCCGGCAACCCUAUCAGCGGGCAGUCCUCGGCAGGACUAAUUUUCGGCAACAUGGCAGAAAGCAAUGCUGCCUUCAACCCCAAUUUUGCCGGUUCAGACUCUUUGCCAUUCUCCUCAUCCAUGCUCAUGAAUGAUCUCUGGAGUGUUGCCGACGGCCCAUGGAUGAUCCAUAAUAACUUUCUGUAA